GUUUGCGGCUCCGGAUUUGAGGAUUCGGAAUUGCCGGAGGUGGUACAGUCGCAGACGCGAAACUACAGCCGAGACCACCCACCGACCGUCCAAGCGCCAUGGCAGGAUACGACCCCCAGUACGUAGGCAAGCCCGACGCCAGCGAGAAGGCCGCUAUCGAAGCCAAGGUCCAGGCCAAGCUCACGGAAGUGCUGGGCGUCGAGGUCGAAAGCGUCAUGGCGGAAUACGUCGUCGUCAUGGUCUACAACUCGAAGAGCAUGGGUCAGAUCCGCACCGACUUGGACGACUUUAUGGGCGGCGACGGCGCCGAGACCUUUGUCCUGUGGCUGUACGCGCUUUUGACCGGCCAGCCGGCGACUCCGGCACCUGAAGCGGUCGCACCCGAGGUCACCACCCCGGCGCCAGAGCCCGCGUCCACCACGCCGACGGAGGAAGCUCCCAAGCGCGUCAUCAGCCUUUCCCGCCCGGCGCCCGCUGCCGAAGCCAAGGGCACGGUGCGAAUUAUCGGCAAGAAGUCGGACAAGGAGCUCGAAGAGGCCAUGCGCCGGCGUUCGGAGCGCUUCGGCAUUCCCCAGAAGGAACGCUCUUCGCAGAACCAGCCGUCGAACGGAUCGAAGGCGUCGAUCACGGACCGCCUCGGCAAGUCGCAGGACACCAGGCAGCAAGGGCCGCGCAAAGACGACCGUCGCGACGACGAUCGCCGGGAUGUCAACCGCCGCGACAACAACAACCGCCGUGGUGAUGACAACCGCCGUGAUGACAACCGCCGCGGCAUGGACAACCGCGACAACAACCGGAAGCGACCCAACGAUGACAGCAACGACGGCGAGCCCCGAUCGAAGAAGCCCCAGUACGACGACCAGCGGCAAGGCCCGCCGCGUGGCUUCCCUCCGGGCGGCUACAUGCGCGGUCCCCCGCACAUGUACGGCGGUGGCUUCCCGUACGGCAUGCCUCCUCCGGACUUUAUGUAUUACCCGCCGCCGCACCACAUGGGUGGUCCCCCCGGCUACGGCAUGCCCCCCUUUGGUAUGCGUGGCCCGUACAUGCCUCGCGGCCCGCACGGUGGCGCGCCGCGCCCGUUCACGAACCGCAAGUGGGUCAACCCGGCGACGGUAGCCGCCACGACCGACGCCGCUGCCACAGAAGAUGGCGCCGAGCUUGUACAAGAAGCUACGCCGGAUUCCACGACAAACGCCGAGCCGACACCCGCGCCGACGCCUGCGCCGAUGCCGGCACCCGGGUUCCACGGUGCGCCGCAGGGCAACUUUUUUGGGGGGUACCCCCGCCCCCGGUUCCAAAACAAGACGUGGGUCCGCCCCGAAGCGGUGGUCGCCCCCGAGGCCAACACGGAAGCGCUCUCGGCCAGCUUGCCCAAGACGCCGUAAAACGCGUGCUUUGCCACCCCACCCUUAGGACCCCUUAGGACACGACUAGUCUUCACGAUAAGCCACUGACGAAUUUGACCCUAUACAUGACAACAAUAUUGACCAUACUAUUUACUAAGCCACUAUUUAUAAUGACAUUUGUUUUUGUCUACUUGG